GGGUACUUGGGAGGGAGAUUUAGGUUGGAUUAUGGUAAUGGUACUAAUUGCUCUUCUAAGAAAUUGUGGUCCUUUUGCCAAGGAUCUUAGUUUCUAUCCGAGUUUCUUGUCAUGGAAUCAUAUCCAGUGCUCGGAUGAUGGAAAGUUGCAUUUGUACAUGGAGUUCUCGAAUUAUACUGGAUAUGGUGAGAGGAGUAUCUUUGUGCCCAAGCAUUCUUUGGUGGCCGAGGGUUUUUGGGAUCAUGAUAAGAAUCGGCUAUGUAUGGUAGCAUGUCGAGUAUUGGAUGUUGAAGGUUCGGGAGGAGCUGCUUCUGUAAGUGAUUGCAGUAUAAGGGUUUGUUUGUGGAUCCCGGCAGUCUUAUCUAUUGAGAGUAGUGGCAGCGUUGUUGGGCAGUUGUGGAGCGGCAACGAUGAGAAGGAUUUAGGCUACUUUGAUAUGGUUUCUUUCUGGAGUUCAGAGGCUAGCUUUGAUUCGACUCCUGACUUGAGAUAUGAGUACACUAAGCUGGACAGUGUGAAUAAAUCUUGCAAAGCUUUUAACUUGCCAAAAUCGAGGAAGAUGUAUCCUGAUGGUGAGUCAGUUGGGGACAUGAGGUUUGACUUCUCUUUGAGAGAUGCCAAGGGGAGACGAGCAUGGGGCUAUGCCAACCCACUUUUCAUCGGGCAGACUUUCUAUGGCCGUUCUUACAUGGUUUCUUUGGUAGCACCAACGCCGCCACCAUCUUUGGUAGAUUUGAACCAUAGCCUUUUGAAUGUAAGCUAUAGAAUAUCUUAUUCUCUACCAAAUUCAUCCUAUGAUGGUAGUGAACAAACAGAGAUCCUGGCAGAGGGAGUCUACAACGCUGCGACUGGAAUGCUCUGCAUGGUAGGAUGUCGGUAUCUGCUUGCCUCAGUCAAUGAAAAGCAAGUCAACGGUUCUAAAGAUUGCGAAAUUCUGAUAAAUAUGCAACUCUCUCCUUUGAAUCCAGAAGCUGGAGAACGUCUUUAUGGCUCAAUUAAAAGCAGCAGAAAAGAGUCAGAUCCACUUUAUUUUGAGCCUUUGGAGACCCGGUUGUAUGUUAUGUACAAUUCCCAGUCAGUUGAAUCAAUCUGGAGGAUGGACAUGGAAAUCACCAUGGUUCUUAUCUCUCUCACCCUUUUGUGCAUUUUCAUAGGGUUUCAGCUUUUCUACAUUAAUAAGAACCCUGAUGUCCUUCCAUCUAUCUCUGUCACAAUGCUUGUUAUACUUACUCUGGGCCACAUGAUCCCCUUGGUCUUAAAUUUCGAGGCGUUGUUCAUGAGACGGAAUACGCAGAAUGUUCUGUUAUGGAGUGGUGGGUGGCUUGAGGCCAAUGAAGUAAUUGUGAGGUUGAUAACAAUGGUGGCAUUUCUUAUGCAGUUCCGUUUUCUUCAAGUGGUAUGGUCUGCGAGAUACCCUGAGGAGAGCAAAAAGGCUUUGUGGGUGGCUGAGAGGAAAGCCCUGCAGCUGUGCUUGCCCUUAUACUUUAUUGGUGGUUUGAUUGCUUGGUUUGUUUACUCUAAUCAGUCAAGAUCUCAACCUCAAAGGCAAGAUUUCAACAGUGCAAACCACCGAUCUAUCUGGGAGGACCUCAUAUCUUAUGCUGGCUUGAUACUUGAUGGUUUUUUGCUCCCUCAAAUUCUUCUAAAUAUAUUUUGGAAUUCCAAAGAUAAGGCUCUCUCCCCUGUCUUUUAUGUUGGAACAACCAUUGUCAGGGCUCUGCCUCAUUUAUAUGAUGCAUAUAGAGCUCACCACUAUGUUCCUUAUUUUGAUUCAUCGUAUAUCUAUGCCAAUCCGAAGAAUGAUUUCUUCUCCUCGACAUGGGAUAUCAUUAUUCCCUGUGAAGGAGUAUUGCUUGCUGUGCUCAUAUUCCUUCAGCAGCGGUUUGGUGGUCGUUGCAUUCUUCCAGCAAGAUUUAGACAGUCUGGUGGGUAUGAAAUUGUCUCUUCAAUUAGUCUGUAAGUUUGUUGCAAGAAACUCUUUUGGGAACAUCAUUAGAAGUUUAAUACUGGAGCAGAAUGAAGCUACGGUCUGUAGCUUGUAAGUUGUAAUAGUUCUAUUGUUCCAAAAGUUACAGCGAUAGGGUCAGUUUUCUCUCAUGUUACUGGUCUAGAUGUUUACAGUACGCCCCUUGCCCAAGCUACUCUUUAUUUUGUAUGCAGUGUGUCUGUGUGUCUUCUUACUUUUGUACGCUUUCUUUGUUGAAUGACCAUAUAGCACUCAACUCUGUUGUUCUUAAUACAAGUUAAUUAUGCACUUUUCUCA